AUCUAUCCCACGAUGCAACACUCUUGGAGCUCUUCUUCCGGGAGGCGCAAAAUCCAAGAUGUCAGCUGGUGCUGCGAGAAUUAUUCAGGUUGUAAAACCUCAUAUACCACUGAUCAGAUUUCCCAAACAUGCUGUGGAAACACUAGGAACUCAGUUGCCUUUUCCCCCUGUCAAUGAAGCAUCAAGUGCCCCAGAAGUGAAACCUAGCAAGAUGUCUCCUGGGGUUGCCAUAGAAGACAAAGAUCUCCCCAUGAAGUAUAGGCGGAAACUGAUAGACGAUAUAGAAAUAGAAUAUAUAAAUAGAGGGGGACCUGAGUAGGAUACUUAAAGAGACUGUAUAUAUAGAUAGGAGGAUAAAGGAUUGUUAAAUAAUUAUUUAUUUAUUGUUGAGACAUAUUCAUUCUGCAUCAGUAAUCAGACACUACAUUUCAUUGCAAUAUUAAAUAGGAUUUUAAUUGAAAAAAUGACUGAAUUCAAGGAACAAAAAUCAGACAGGAUUUGGACAUUUUGUAACACAUAUAUGUGUGUAUAUCCAUUAUAUAUUUGCUUCAAUCAGUCUUAACUAAUUACCUUAGAAUUGUCUGAUAAGUUAUACAAUAAAGGAACUAAGUACAUGUAAUAUAAAAAUGUUGAAAAAUAUUUAUAAUUAACUUGAUGGCAUGGAAUGAUUACAAUAAUCACAUUGGAAAUAUAAUGUAUUAGAUGUAAUACUAUCAUUUUAAUUUUCUGAUAACAAGUAAUAUACAUUAUAUCAUCAAUGUUUUUAGUGAGAUUAUAAUGUAACUGUAGAGAAGAUUUUAUAUUGCAAUAAAUGUUUUUAUUAUUAUGAAUCAUAA